AGGGGACUGUUGUCAUUACAAAAAAGCCCAGUAGACUCUCACCAAGCGUGAAAUAAGUCCAUUGGAUCAGUGGCUGCGUUCACAUGCAGAUAUGCCUCACAAACUCUGGCUUGCUCUUUCAGUGUGGCUUUUGCUGCCUACCUCUGAAGCUGGAAGGCAGAUGCCUAAACUUUCUGACAAGAAACUCUGCGCCGACUCUGAAUGCAGCCACCCUAUCUUGAUAGCUCGCGCAUUGCAGGACUACUACCCUGGAGACUGCAGGUUCAUCCCCAUCAGACAGGGGCAGCUUGUCUACGUCUAUGCAAUGCUGAAAGACAGAGGGAACCUCUUCUGGGCCGGCACCGUACAAGACUCGUAUUACGGACAACAGGAGGCUCGCCUUGGCCACUUCCCCAGCAGCGUAGUGGAGGAGAUGCAUCCUAUCAUGCCAGCCGACACUGAAGUCACAACUACUAAAUGGGACUUCUACUGUUACUGAUGAUGCCUUUAUCAGUAAAGAGAACAACCGUCUUGUCAACUACAUGAUAACUUUAUCAUACAAUCUUACACACACUGUUGACAGUAUAUAUGUAUAUCAACACUGCUGAUAAUCUGCAAUUUUAGGAGACAGCAGCUCUACAUAGCAAAAAUGUUUGUAGGAUGUAAUCAGAUUUCAAAAUCAUGAUUUCAAAGUUCUGAAACAAAAAAAAAAUCUGCUAAUACUCUUUACUGGUUUGUUUUAUUGAUUGAUAGAAAAGUCUAUCAGUCUACAUUCUUUGUAAUACUCCAUUUAUGUCUGUUUUGCAGGUAUUAAAAGGUAUGUGAUUAUUUUUAAAGAAAUAAAUAGGAAUUGUGCAUGCUUUUUCUCCACUACAAACACUACAACUUCUUUUCCUUGCUUAUGUACCACAGAAAUAUGUGUUCAGCAAGCAAUAUUUUUAGCAAUGUUUGCUGAGAAUGCACAGGUACGAUCUAACAGUGUUGGCCUUAAAACUACUGUAUUUGCAUGUUUGCUAUUAGAAUAAUAAAGAAAUUACUAGCCUAGACCUGACAAACACAAAU